GCCGGAAGGGCCCGCAGAUCAUGGCGAUGGAUCGCGUGGUGGAUAAUUGAUGUGGCCGGCGGCCCGGUAUGCUUCAGCGCUUUAGCCACAGGGCACUGGUUGGGGUCUCGGCUUCUACAAAAACAGAUGGGUGUCACUGUCCGGACACUUCAUCUCUCCCAUAUGCUGUCUAGGAGCUUCACUGAGUCCGGUGGGAACAAGUUUGAAAAAAAAGCACCCCUCUAUGUUAUAUACCUUGCACCCAAAAAGAGACCAAAAAAUGAAGCCAUCACCACCUACCACCACCAAAACAACAGCCCUCCUCGGCGCCCUCGCAGCCCUCUGGGCCACCCUCGCGACCGCCCAGCAACCCCCGCCGCCGGGCAUAUUCACCCUAGGCGCCGUCAAGAUGGCGUGCCCGCCGGCGCACGUCAUGGCGGCGCGCGAGACGACGGCGCCGCCCGGGUUCGGCACGGCCGACGACCUGGUCGGCCUGGUGCUGGGCGCGAUCCCGGGCGCGACGGCCGAGGCGGUCGACUACCCGGCGGCGGGCGGCGCGCUGUACGCCCAGAGCGUGGCGGCCGGCAUCGCGGCCCUGCUGGCGCGCCUGACCACCUUUAGCUCGCAGUGCCCGGGCACGAGGGUGGUGCUGCACGGCUACUCGCAGGGGGGGCAGGUCGUCGACGACGUGCUGUGCGGCGGGCCCGACGGCGCCAGCCUGCCCGCGGGCGUCGGCGUCGGGGGGCUCUUGCAGCCGGCCGUGGCCGCCGUGGUGGCCGCCGCCGUCAUGAUGGGCAGCCCGCGGCACAACGAGGGGAUCGCGUUCAACAGGGGGAACGCCACCGAGCCAGGGUUCGCCGCUCGGGCUGCCAACUUCACUUGCCCAACGUUUGCAGACAGGAUUCAGUCCUACUGCGACGACCCUGACCCUUUCUGUGCCAAGGGGAACAGCACGGCGUACCACCAAAUGUACGGCAAGGUAUACGGCCAUCAAGCGCUUCAGUUCGUCCUGGAUAGACUCAGCAGGUAAAAAGCGCCACCAUAAACCAAGCAUCUCUGGCAGCGCAGGUCGUCGGCCGACAAGAUAAUACCGCAGGGCUGUACAGCCCAUACAUAGACUUUAAUACAUCCAAACCAAUCCGCUCGGCUCUUUCAC